UGUCGUAAAACAUACGACAUUGGUACAGAAAUAAACUACACAAAACAAAAUACAGUGAUGUCUUAAGCAACACUCCUCGGACGAUGAAAGGAAGAUUGGAACAAAAAGGGUAACAAGGGUCUGUUGACGUUUUCUUCCCCAGAAAACCCUCCUCCUCCCCCAGCCGCGCCUCCGCAGCCACAGCUGAUGAUGGACAACCGUUUAGCUGCAAACGCUACGGAACUUAGCAACCCGCUAACCCUCGUUAAAAUGUGUGCGAGCUGUUAGCCACACGAAUGCGCUGUUUCAGAGCUGAGUGGCGCUGUGUUGAGGAACACGGACGGGUCAUGUGAACGUGCCGCUGUACCGAAACCGCGUGAGAGCUCCACGCGCAGACCGACGCUCCUCGCGUAGUGUGACAGGAGGACCGGGAGGAACCCGGGCUAACAACCGAUAGCCGGUUAGCCGGAGCACGGAGCGUUAGCUGCUAGUUAGCGCUCUGUUUUAUGAAUUACUUGGGUCCACAGAGUUUGAGUGCUGCCGUUUCUCCAGUCCAUGCGAGCCCUGGAUGAGAACUGGGCCGGAGCCUUGGGCUGUCUAUGAUGUUCAACGCUGUUUUUCCGUUGCAUCACCUGACCCCUCCUGGUCUAUUUGACUUGUCAUUAUUACUCCAAAACCAAUCCCACAUCUCUGCUUGGCAACAGUAUGAUCAUUCACGUUGACCCCACUCAGCCCACUGGGACAAGAAUACCUCAAAACCAAGCUUGCCAAAUGAUAUGAUAGUAGCCACCUGGAUCACUUUUUGUGCGUGCAGAAGCCUCGCAAGGGUUCUGCUCUUCCUUUCCUCCUGUAACUCCCUCUCUCCAUUCUGGGAGUCCCUUGCCAGUGUGGUCUCCGGCACUGGAACCAUGGGUAAUAGCUGUGUGUGCCGGGAGGAUAGUGACUUGGAAGAUCAUCACCACGGGUCGUCGAGGGCAACCCGGGGACAAGCUAGGCGAGUGGACCACGGUCCAGGCGUAGGCGUUGAUGGUGGAGAGGCACGUAGCAGUAGACCCAGGGACCCAGUCAGGCCGCCACGCCGAGGGCGAGGGCCCCAUGAGCCGAGACGGAAGAAGCAGAACGUGGACGGUCUGGUGCUGGACACGUUGGCUGUCAUCAGGACACUGGUGGACAAUGACCAAGAACCCCCUUACUCCAUGAUCACUUUGCACGAGAUGGCAGAGACUGAUGACGGUUGGCUGGAGGUUGUCCAGUCUCUGAUUCGAGUGAUCCCAUUGGACGAUCCGCUUGGCCCUGCAGUGAUAACCCUUCUGUUGGAUGAGUGUCCCCUGCCCACCAAGGAUGCUCUCCAGAAACUGUCAGACAUGUUGAGUCUGAGUUCGACUGUAGCGCGACAGGACGCUCUCAACCCUGCUAAACACAGAAACACCACAGCUGUCCUGGGAUGCCUGGCAGAGAAACUGGCUGGUCCGGCUAGUAUUGGAUUGUUGAGCCCUGGAACCCUUGAGUACCUUCUAGAGAGCCUGAGCUCUGAAGCCCACCCUACUGUCAUGCUGUUUGCUCUCAUCGCUUUGGAGAAGUUCUCCCAGACCAGUGAGAACAAGCUGACGGUGUCUGAGUCGUGCAUCAGCAAUCGACUCGCGGUCCUGGAGUCGUGGGCAGAGCAUCCUGACUACCUGAAGAGGCAGGUUGGAUUCUGCUCACAAUGGAGUCUCGACAACCUGUUCCUAAAAGCUGGCCGUCAGUUCACUUACGAGAAGGUCAACCUCACCAACAUCAACACCAUGCUCAACAGCAAUGAUGUCAGCGAGUACCUCAAGAUCUCCCCUACUGGACUAGAGGCACGGUGCGAUGCCUCGUCCUUUGAGAGCGUGCGUUGCACGUUCUGCGUGGAUUCGGGCGUUUGGUACUACGAGGUGACGGUCAUUACAUCAGGCGUGAUGCAAAUUGGAUGGGCCACCAAGGAUAGCAAGUUCCUCAACCAUGAGGGCUAUGGGAUAGGCGACGAUGAAUACUCGUGUGCGUAUGAUGGCUGCAGGCAGCUCAUCUGGUACAACGCUCGCAGUAAACCUCACUCUCACCCCUGCUGGAAGGAGGGAGAUGUCGUUGGCUUCCUCUUGGACCUCAGCAAGAAGCAGAUGAUUUUCUAUCUGAACGGACAUCAGCUGCCGCCGGAGAAACAGGUCUUCUCCUCAGCCACGUCCGGUUUCUUUGCAGCAGCCAGCUUCAUGUCUUACCAGCAGUGCGAGUUCAACUUUGGGGCCAAGCCUUUCCGUCACCCACCUUCUGUGAAGUUCAGCACCUUCAACGAUUUUGCUUCACUGCUGCCCAGUGAAAAGAUCAUCCUACCCAGGCACCGGCGUCUGGCCUUACUAAAGCAGGUUAGCAUCCGAGACAACUGCUGCACGCUGUGUUGUGACGUCAUGGCUGACACGGAGCUGCGGCCAUGUGGACAUGGUGGUAUGUGUAUGGAGUGUGCCUUACAGUUAGAGACGUGCCCCCUGUGCCGCCAGGACAUCCAGACCCGCGUCAGACUCAUUGCACAUGUCUCCUGACAAACCUCCUGCCCCUUCUCCAGCAAGGAGAGACACACAAGCCCGACAGCCUCGCCCUCCUCCUCUAAUCCCCUCCCACUCAGCGGGGCUACGAGCACGGUGCCACAGUGUUGUGAUGAUGCCAGAACUGUGUCUUCUGGUACGAGGAAGCGACGAUGGAGGGGUGGAGCGGGGGAAAUGAGGAGAUGAGAGAGGGGGAUUUAAACCUAAACUGGAUCCCCAGGAGCUUUCUCCAAUUUGCCUACAUCUCCUUAUUUUGUAUCCUUCUGACAACUCACUGCAGGAGUCGGGGGCCAAGAAUCGUCAACUUUCUAUAAACGGCGUUUAUUUCCAAAAUGAGGAGCAGAAACAAUUUUACCGAGAUUACAGACGGAAACAAUCUCAUCUGCAAGCCCCUGCGUAGUUAUCAGACAUCCUUUCUAGGAUAUGAGGAUCCCUCUGUGCUUUCAGCCCACAGGCUACUACUAUUUAAUCCCCUCAUUGUCAUGCACACGUCUGCAGAUCUGAAAGGGCUGCGUAACAGCAAGGAUCACAGCCUGUCACACAGUAUUAAACACAAGGUACAGAUGCAUUUGCGAUGAAUCUCACUUUCAUGUUUUGGGGUGUAGAUAUUGUGGUGUUGUCGAGGUAGCAUUUUCGUUCUCUUUUUUCUCAAGGUAAUACCAACACCUAUCCUUUGGUCAGCUUCUCUUUCUCUGAUUGAUUUCCCACUGGUAGGGUUUGUCAUUUGGAAAAAAGACCUUGUAUUGUAAAAUGUCAGAUUUUACUCUUGAUGUCAGAAAUCUUUUGAAGUGGCUGAAGCAAUUCCAAUAUUUGAGUUCUCUGAUUUGGUUUACAAAUGUUAGUAAUGACUUCAGCUGUGACGCCACAGAGAACGUUAACGGAAAAUUAUUGUUUGACAACCAGUGAAAAAAAGAUUUAAAUAAGUGAUUUUUCACACAUCUGACCCUGCUGCUUUUUGUGCUUUAUUGUCUCUUCUCAGAUGUUGAUAUUUCCUCAGUCUCGGUCAUGUAUGCAACAAACACAGCAUGAAUUACACAGAGAUAAGAAUUGAGAGAAAGUUAAUCUGUAAAUGAAAUCAGAUGUUUUCUCCCCAAUUAUAAGUGCUUAUAUUUGAAGAGCCGGUGAGGGAGAAAUAUACAAUUGAAUUUCCACCACCGUCAGAAAUUAUCUGGGAUUGUUUGAUUGGUGCUAACAAUUUGGCAACAACUUCUAAUGCCGCACCACCGUGAGUCGUGCUUUACUGAGUACGUAUGUCUUUGUUUGUUUCUUAUGACAGACAAUAGUCGUCUGUAUUAAGAUGACUAUUUUGAAUCCUCAAGAUGUGAUUUGAUUUUGUUUUAUUAAUGAUGGUAAUUGUUGAUGUAAUAACUUGUUUGAGAAGCGCAACAGGUUUUGUUGAUUGACAGUGUUGUAUUAGCAGAAGGGUACAUUGCUUUAAACAAAUGUGAAAUGUUUUAAGUGAAUCCAUUUUCCAAAAUAUCAGUUAACUAAAUAUUCCAGUGUCAUUUUUAACAUGUCAUUUUGGGUCUUAUUUGGCAGUGAAAUACUUGGCAUGAAUUGGCAAACCAACUACCUGCAACACAGCUCGCAUGACCAGAAGAGUGUGAGCUUCAGAACAGAAUAACAUGGUAUGUUUACCUUGCUACCAAUCGCAGCAUAAAGAAUGGAUCUAGUCAAAAUAUAUUUUGUUUUUUUUAGAUUGGAAGGAUAUCUUCAAAUGUAUCUUUCAGCCUGAUUACAUUUUAGCGACCCUAUGUGUGCUUUUUAUAACUUAACAUUACAUCGCUCUGCUCUCAUUUAGCCAUUUCUCCAUCUUUCUCCCUCUCCUUUUAUAAGAACCUCUAGUUUUCUGUCCAUCCUUUACUUGAAGCCUCUCUGGGUUGACUAAAUGACAUUUGUACUUUGGAAACAGGUGAUGAGAGAUUGUGAUUAAAGGAAAACUCAUUUGUACAAUUAGUUGAAAAGAAAUCUGGUGACAAUUCAAAUUAUCACAAUGAAUAAUUUAGAAUUGAAUUUGGUCAAAUUGUUAUGAAUAGUUACUACUCCACCAAAUUGCAUGAACAGGAUCUGUAAAAUCAUUCAGACUAUACUGGAAUGAUUUCUAAAAGGUAAUUUACAUGCAUCUGUCAGUUGGUGACUAAAGACUGGUCCGGUCACUGUUUGCUAUCUUGUAUUUCCUGAAGCACCUAGUACUGUACAUGCAGGUGAGAGAAAUUAUGUUUGUCUCUACGGCUAGAGAUGUAGUUCAGGAUUGUAAAGAAUAAAUUGUGGAUCGUAUUUAAACCAUCUAAAGGAAUUUUGCCCCAGAGUUCCCAAAGAUGUGAUUGAAGAAUUAUUGUGUCCUGGAUUGUGAUAUUUGUAAUAAAUGUAUGUCCAUGUGAUAUUU